CCGCCGGCCGCCCUCACAAGGCCCAGGCCGCCUCCUUCCCACAAGGCCCAGCAGGGCCGCCCUCACACCUGCCCCGCCCUGCCCUGUCCCGCCCGGCCCCACCCUGCCCCGUGGCCUCUGUCACACCCCACGCUGACGUGCUGAGCCUUCCACCAGCCAUUGUGACGCCACAGGCGCCAGUCGGGCACGGCUUUGUUGGUGCCCGCAGCCGGCGCUCAGAGCUGCUGGAGCCUCUCGGGGAGCAGCAGCACAUCCCGCUCGGGGAGCAUUGCACGCCUGCAUCGCCGUCUUGGCAGCUGCAGGCCAUGACCACUGCGCAGGGCGACCUCAUCUGCCUUGUGCUUCAUACCCUGUGCCCGUCCUUAUUCUCGCCCCUUUGUCACCCUCCCCCUAAACCUCGCCCCGUCCCAUUCCUCAUCCCCACUUGGCUCCCGGCAGCCCGCCGGGGCCUUCUUGCCCUUCCUGCUGCUGGGAGCUCCAAGCAGGGCCAUGCCGUGGCUUCUGAGCAAGAAGCGACGGCAGUCGCCCUCCAGCAGCCCCAGUGGGCAGCCCUGGGCUGCCACCAGCUCCAGCAGCGCCUCCCAGCUCCGGGAGCAGGGGCUGGGCAGGCUGCACCGCGCGGCCGCCCGCGGUGACCUGGGCUGGCUGAGGCGCUGGCGCUGGUACGUCAAGGUAGUCGGCAUCGACAGGCCAGACCAGGAGAUGCGGACACCUUUGCAUCUGGCUUCAGCCAAUGGCCAUGCAGAUGUCGUGAGAUAUCUGCUAAGAAAGAACAGCCAGCCCAACCUCGCUGACAGCUUCAAGAGAACGGCCCUGAUGAAGGCAGUGCAGCAGGAGCAGGAAGAAUGUGUUGCUGUUCUGCUGGAACACGGUGCCGACCCCAAUCUGGCAGACGCUGACGGCAACACUGCCCUUCACCUGGCUGUGCUCUCUAAAAACACAGCUGUAGCAGGGCUGUUACUGGAGCAUCAUGCCAACAGUGAUGCUCAGAACCAGUGGGGAUUUACCCCCUUGAAACUUGCAGCCUUGCAACAGCACGAGGAGAUUCUGGAGUGCCUUGUGAACAAAGCAGCUGACAGGCCUGCUCAAGCCCAGGGGGAAAGGAGUGCUCUUGUGGUUCCUGGAAGCCAUGAGGCUCACCUGGAGGAAGAUAAUCUGCGCUUGCAGGAGGAGCUGGACAGGGCUGACGUGGAGCUGCAGGAGGAGGAAGAAAAGCAUCUUCAGUCUGAGCAUUGUGUUCCUGACUUGAAGACUGCCUUGGAUGCCAAGAAAAGAGAGGCAAUAACUUCCUCCCAGAAACUGCAGGACCUCCUGGAAGAAGACGCGCAAGACUUUGCAAGUGAGAACAGCAGAUUGGAAGGCACUGUCCAGCAGCCAAGCGAGAGCGUUGAAGCCCUUCCGAGAGCCCUGCAAGCCUCUGCCUCAGGUGGUGAACUUUCCCAGCAGCUGGACAUGGAGCCUGGAACAGGCAUGCAGCUCGAGGCCCUAAACCAGGCUGUGCAAGAAGAGCUGUCCACUCUGCUUGGGAAGUGUGAACAACUGGAGAAGAGCAAAUGUCAGCUGCAAGAAGAGGUGACAAAACACCACCAUCAUUUGGAGACUUUGGUGCUGGAUGGCAGCCAAAGAGAACAGUGUACAGGAGAGGUGGCAGAAGGAGCUGACCAGGAAAGAAGUCCAAAGCUACAAGAGGUCAGCCUCGUUUUGCAAGCACAGGCAGCCCACCAGGCCCCACUAGGACAAACCAGAGACAGUCAUUGUGAUUUCGUGAGAAUCCAGUUGGAAGAAAGAAUUAGAAAUCUGGAAAGUGAAUUGGAGAGGGUCAAAAACACCCAACAAGAGAGAGCUUCUCGUAAAGAAGCAACACAGGGAGAAAUAGGGAUGUACAAAGAGCUGUAUCUGGAGGAAGUGAAAACCAGAAGAUGCCUGGCCAAGAAACUGGAAAGGGACAAACCGAAAAUGGAAGGCAGCUGUAUGGAGUCCCACACAGCGAGUUGCAGAAGCGACUGAAGGACAAGGUGGGUCGAGUCAGUUUGCAGAGCUUAAAGCCAUUCAGUUGGCUUUGGAUAUAGCUGAACGAGAGAAGUGGCCAAGACUCUAU